CAUCUUCUCCUCUGUUUUCUCCUCCUCUGUUUUCUGGAAGCUUGGAAUUUCCUGUCCAAAAUUCUGAGAACAUCUCCUCUCUGUCUUUGCAUUUGUGCAAUAUUGUAAAGUUUGUAUUUGUGUAGGAAGCAAACAUCAUGCCUUUUUGCGAGGUAGCUAAACACCAGGCCAGUUUAUAUGAUGGAGUUGAUGCUGCUAGUCCUAGCAGAAGCAACAACAACAAUGGCAUCAAAAUUUUUUACAGAACUCAUGGUCAUGGAACCACAAAAGUUCUUCUCAUUAUAGGAUUUGCUGGGACAAAUGAUUCGUGGGGUCCACAAAUAAAGGCACUUACAGGGAAAGAGAGGUCCAAUGAUGAUGAUGGAAUGAGAGGCGUUGAUCAAUCAGAUGAUAAUGGGGAAGAUGGCUAUGGUGGUAGUGGUGUUCAAGUUUGUGCCUUCGAUAAUCGUGGUAUGGGAAGGAGUUCUGUGCCGACCAAAAAUUCUGAAUAUUCAACAAAAAUAAUGGCAAAAGAUGCAAUUGCUUUGAUGGAUCAUCUAGGUUGGAGAAAAGCUCAUGUAUUUGGUCAUUCAAUGGGUGCUAUGAUAGCUUGCAAGUUAGCAGCAAUGGUGCCGGACAGAGUUCUAUCUUUGGCAUUACUUAAUGUAACUGGUGGAGGUUUCGAAUGUUUACCAAAGCUUGACCGUCAAACAAUAUCUGUUGCUAUCCGUUUCUUGAAGGCAAAGACUCCUGAGCAAAGGGCUGCUGUUGACUUGGACACUCACUACACAAAGGAAUAUCUUGAUGAGUAUGUUGGGUCUAGCACAAGAAGAGCAAUCUUGUAUCAAGAAUACGUCAAAGGUAUAUCAUCAACCGGGAUGCAGUCUAGUUAUGGUUUUGAUGGUCAAGUCAAUGCUUGCUGGACACAUAAGAUGACACGCACAGAAACUGAAUUAAUCAGAUCUGCUGGAUUUCUUGUAUCAGUUAUACAUGGCAGGCAUGAUAUCAUUGCUCCGAUAUAUUAUGCAAGGAGGCUUGCAGAGAAGUUGCAGCCUGUUGCUAGAAUGGUUGAUCUCCACGGUGGGCAUCUAGUGAGUCAUGAGAGGACCAAAGAGGUCAAUCAAGUUCUUCAUGAACUGAUUAACGCAACAGAAACAAAGAUGAGCCCACAUGAUUGGAGUAAUUUUCCCAGGAAAAGCUCUCGGUGGUCAGGGAGAGGAACGUUAUUAGGUAAAAACAACAUUUGUUCGACAUUUUGCGCAGUUGAAAAGCUGCAUCUGAGCAUAUCAUCCGUCUUUGGUCUCUUUAUGCUCAUGUUUGAGUAUAUACGAAGGGCUAUAAGAAGUCUGCAGCCAGCCAGAGUUGGACCUUCCCUCGCAUGAGCUAACAGACAAUAAACCCCCCUUUUUAUCGGGUUUAUUGACAAGCCCCCAGCGCUGCGGCUCCAUGUGACCAUAACAUGGGCACUAUACAUUCAGAAUAAAGAGCAGCAAGGCAAAGAUGGCCUUGUUAUGACAUAAAUUAACAUUACGAAUGUGAUUCAGGAGGCUGUAUAGAGAGACCUGAAGCCACCAUCAAGGAAUAUCUCAAGCCCUUGGAUCCUCUUUCACGAGCAACAAUGAUAUUAACAAAAUGGCUUGUAUCAGCCACUAAAGAGUACGAAAAACAAUUGAGGGUGAGCAAAGAACAACAUGGAGAAGUCACAAAACAAGUGACGGUCCAUUUGGCUUUGCAUGCCAAUGCCAACCCCUUGUGAGAAGAUUUCCCUAUUUCUUUUUUCCAUUUUCCCGUGUGUGCACCAUGUUGCAAACAAAUUUUUUUUUGAGAUAUAUAAAAAGCUUAAAUUUGAGUA